UCCCGGCUUUGGGAGUCGCUCUCUUAAGCUUGGACUUGGACUGGCUGCCAUCUUAGUCGAGGUGUCGUCGCCUUCAGGGCUGGUUCAUGUUCCUUCCUAUGAUAUGGCCGGGAAUGGGUCAAAAUCAGAGUGUAUCAGUGGACCAAGUAUGAAAUCACAGCUUCAGGUAACUGUUAUUUCGGCAAAGUUGAAAGAAAACAAAAAUAAGUGGUUCGGACCCAGCCCAUAUGUAGAAGUUUGGGUUGAUGGUCAGUCAAAGAAGACAGAAAAAUGCAACAAUACCAACAGUCCAAAAUGGAAACAGCAUCUUACAGUAAUUGUCUCCCCUGUUAGCAAACUACAUUUUCGCGUAUGGAGUCACCAGACAUUGAAGUCAGAUAUCUUACUUGGAACUGCCACUCUAGAUAUUCAGGAGAAACUAAAAGCAAAUAAUAUGAAACUUGAGGAAGUGAUUGUGAACAUGGAUCUUAUUGGUGACAAAGAACCAGCUGAUGGAAUUGGAGAGUUGUCUGUCUGUCUAGAUGGUAUGCAGGUGGAUCCCGAGCUUCUGACUAAUGGUGAUGCCUCAAGCAUAAGAAGUCCUGACCAAAAUGAUGGCUCCAAAGCAAAAAAUGAAACAAGGUGUGGCAGUGUUGACAGUUGUGAGACUGCUGUUUCCAGUGAAAACAAGGGGGCUAAUACCAGUGACUCUCCAUUAAUUGCAAAUGGUGGCUUCAAGCCUUCUAGGCCUCCCAGGCCCUCUCGACCACCUCCACCCACCCCGCGUAGGCCUUCAGCUCCAGUUGCAUGUGUCAAUGGCCCUUCUUCCACAGAAUCAGAAGCAGCUAAUAAAGAAACUGUGCCAACCGCAAGCACUUCAGCAGCAGAACCAAGUUCUGAUGGAGGAACUGCAGGGACAGCUCUUCCUGCAACAUCUCCUGUAGCUACACCACCCAUAUGCAGACAAGUUCAGCCAGCAACUCCCAUUUCACAGCCCCAUCCUACAGUUAGCCAAGGUCCUCUUCCACCUGGGUGGGAACAAAGAGUGGAUCAGCAUGGCCGGGUGUAUUAUGUAGAUCAUGUAGAAAAAAGAACAACAUGGGAUAGGCCAGAGCCUCUUCCUCCAGGUUGGGAGCGCCGAGUAGAUAACAUGGGACGGAUUUAUUAUGUUGACCAUUUCACCAGAACAACGACUUGGCAACGACCAACUCUGGAAUCUGUCCGUAAUUAUGAGCAAUGGCAACUUCAGCGUAGCCAGCUUCAAGGAGCUAUGCAGCAAUUUAACCAGAGGUUCAUAUAUGGGAAUCAAGACUUCACACAGAAUAAAGAAUUUGAUCCUCUUGGUCCCUUGCCACAUGGAUGGGAAAAGAGAACAGACAGCAACGGCAGAGUAUAUUUUGUCAAUCAUAAUACUCGCAUCACACAGUGGGAAGAUCCCAGGAGUCAAGGUCAAUUAAAUGAAAAACCUUUACCAGAGGGCUGGGAAAUGAGAUUCACUGUGGAUGGAAUUCCAUAUUUUGUGGAUCACAACAGAAGAACAACAACAUAUAUCGAUCCUCGUACUGGAAAGUCUGCUUUAGACAACGGACCUCAAAUAGCCUAUGUUCGUGAUUUCAAAGCAAAGGUCCAAUAUUUCCGAUUUUGGUGUCAGCAAUUGUCUAUGCCCCAGCAUAUAAAAAUAACAGUGAGCAGGAAAACACUGUUUGAAGAUUCAUUUCAGCAGAUAAUGAGUCUUAGUGCCGUGGACCUACGAAGACGCUUGUGGGUCAUUUUCCCAGGAGAAGAAGGCUUAGAUUAUGGAGGUGUUGCACGGGAAUGGUUCUUUCUAUUGUCGCAUGAAGUGCUGAAUCCAAUGUAUUGCCUGUUUGAAUAUGCAGGGAAGGAUAACUACUGCCUACAGAUAAACCCAGCUUCUUACAUCAAUCCAGAUCAUCUGAAAUACUUCCGCUUUAUUGGUAGAUUUAUUGCUAUGGCAUUGUUCCAUGGAAAAUUUAUAGACACAGGUUUCUCCCAACCUUUCUACAAACGUAUCCUUAAUAAACCAGUUGGAUUAAAAGACUUGGAAUCUGUAGAUCCUGAGUUCUAUAAUUCCCUGAUCUGGGUUAAGGAAAACAAUAUUGAAGAAUGCGGCCUAGAAAUGUAUUUCUCAGUUGAUAAAGAAAUUCUAGGUGAAAUAAAGAGCCAUGACUUGAAACCCAAUGGUAGCAACGUCCUUGUUACUGAAGAAAACAAAGAAGAAUAUAUUAAGCUGGUAGCAGAAUGGAGGCUUUCCCGGGGUGUAGAAGAGCAGACGCAAGCUUUCUUUGAAGGAUUCAAUGAGAUUCUAUCACAGCAGUACUUACAGUACUUUGAUGCCAAAGAGCUGGAGGUGCUUUUAUGUGGAAUGCAAGAAAUUGACCUGACUGAUUGGCAAAGACAUACAAUCUACCGGCAUUAUACCAGGACAAGCAAACAAAUAGUGUGGUUUUGGCAGUUUGUAAAAGAAAUAGAUAAUGAGAAGAGAAUGAGAUUACUACAGUUUGUUACUGGAACAUGCCGAUUGCCAGUUGGAGGAUUUUCUGACCUCAUGGGGAGUAAUGGACCUCAAAAAUUCUGCAUUGAAAAAGUUGGUAAAGAAAACUGGUUGCCUAGAAGCCAUACAUGUUUCAAUCGCUUGGAUUUGCCACCAUACAAGAGUUAUGAACAGCUAAAGGAAAAGUUAUUAUUUGCAAUUGAAGAAACGGAAGGAUUUGGACAAGAGUAACUUUUUGUGGAAUUUGGAUCAGAAGAACAUAAAUUCAUAUAGGGUGUGAGUUCUUCACUGCCUCUGCUAGUUGCACUUCUUACUGUAAACAGGACUUGAUCUUCAUUUAUUUAAACAAAUGUUAGUAUGUAAGUAAAUGAAUGUUGCUCUGUCAUUUUAUCCUUCUAUUUUUAGAUUUCUUCCAAGUCCGUUACAGAAAUCCAAAAUGAUAAACUAUAAAUGAAAUCUUCCUUGACCAGAGGUUGUUAUACUUCUGGAGCUAUGUCUUGCAUCAUGUUCAUUAACUGGAGUGCAUUUUCUUUUCUCUUUUUUCUUUUUUCUCUUUUCUUUCCUUUCUUCUCUUUUCUUUUUCUAAAAUAACUCCUUUCUCUUCCUGUUUUAGUAGCAAAGUAUUGCUGCUGAAGAACUGGGAAGUCCACUCGUAGCUGUAGCAUUGCAGCAGGCUUUUUCUAACAGCACUUGCUUGCAUUCAGACUCUGGGGGUGCUAAACGCAUUUCCAUGGCUUGCAUUAUGUGUUCUUUACCCACUUGAGGCUUGACUGUUUCCACUCUCCCAAAACAUAUCCCAAAGCCAUCUCUGUUCAAACAGAGUAAAGGGAUAUGUAGACCUUAAUGCACGUAUCCAUAGCAUAGCACUUUUAUUUAUUUUUACCACUAUGAUCUCAUUCCUCAGGUUAUUCCUCCAUCUGAAGGUGCCUCUUCAAAUUUGCAGGAAUUUUAACCCAUUUUCAGCUAAGUGUGUACUUAGUUUUGAUGAUGGUACUUUAAUAGUAAAUUUGAAAGAUAAUUCUUUCAGGUGGAAACAACUGGAAAUUAUUUCCAGUCCUCUUUGUAGCUUGAGUUUAAAACUAUACAAAUGGCCAUUAACUGUCAAUUCUAGAUCAUCUCUAGAUGCGGGAGCAUUGCUUCCUAUUUCCCAGUAGUGGUCUAACCAUUGCAACAAAACUGCCUCAUGAAUAUAUCUGAACAUGCAAUCCUAUGCAUGUGUAUUUGUAACUAAAUCUUAUUGAACAGAGUGAAACUUACUUCUGAAUAAACAGGCAUAGAAUUCUGUUGGUAAGAAACUGAGGCACAAAAAUUACAUUCCUGCAUACUUCCGAUACUAUUUUAAAUAAUUCAUUAACUUUUUUUAGAGGGUGGAAAGUAUGUGUUGUUAUGAUUUAGACUGUUGAUCAGCUCUUAUUAACAACUUAGACAGCACUUGGUUUUAAAUCUAAUUUCAAUUUCAAUUAUUAUAUUUUUAUAAUGUCCAUUAAAGCUGACAAUAGUAGUUAAACUAUACUCCCAAGUUUUUAACAAAAGCACUUAGUUCUUUUGCCCAGUUUUGCUACCUUGCAUCUUUUCCUCCAAGUUGUUAAAAUUCUGUGUUCUGCAUGCUGCUCCGGAACUCAGUAGAAGAGGUGGUGACAUUUUCAGAAAUCAGUAAUGCAUGUUGAUAGUUACAUACUUGUAUUGUCCUACUGCGUGAGAAGAGCAGAAUCCUUUGAGAACUAGCUAGCAUAGUCAAAGAUCAAACCAAUUGGCCAGUAAGACAAGUGUUACAUAUCUACCCAUCCAGACUCUAAGAAUGAAUUAAUUCAGGGCUAUUGAACGCUUAUGGGCUUAACCAUUUUUAUAACUGACUUUUUUUAGAAUUCUCCUUUGAAACAAUAUAAAUAGCCCAUUGUUCUUCCAUUUUUGUUUCUGAGAAUUAUGAAAAUAAUGUAAUUUUCCUCCCCUUCAGUGUACAUUUAAAGGAAUGUACACAGAAUUUUUUCUUACACAAAUGAUCUACUUCUUGGAUGGAGAAGGUCAUAUAUUGAUUCUGGAGAGAGAUCUGUCUGUGGCACUUACCAGAAUAUCUGAAGUAUAUAUUAAAAAUCUAGAUUUUGGAGGAGAAAAAGCCUUAGAAUUCUCUGCUUAUUUGUUUUAAUAACAUUUAAUUAUUGAACAUUUACAAUUCAGAAAUAAAAUUGAGGUAACAAAUAAGUAUGGAAUAUAGUUGAUGCUCUACACAAUGUUACAUUAUUCAUCUAGUGACCUAGAAAUAUUGUUAAUGUAUAAAUAUACAAAAGGCUUUCUGCCCUAUAUUUUUAAAAUAAAGAAUAGCUCUAAUUAAAAUAGCUGAGGCCCUAGUUCUAUAGGGCAUGGCUAUUUAAUAUUUUUAUGGCUCAGAUGAUUAGUUCAGGAAAAAGCAAAUGCUUGUAUAUAUUUUUGCAGUCUGGAAAAGUGUAGCUUAUCAAACUUUUAAUUUAAAUAGCUUUUUGUUUGUCUUUACUGCUGCAUUACAGGGGAAGUGGGGGCUGGAUAUCCCAAGCACAAAAAAAGUAUUUUAAACAGUCAAACCAAGAAUAUUUAACAAACGGAGUCUUGACCAUGAAGUAUUUGUUAAAACAUUUAUUGUAAGCAUUGUGUUAGCAAUAUUUCUAAAAUCAGAAUGAAAAGUCAGUUUUAAGGUCCCUUUGCAUUGUAAUUUCUAAAUUUUGUUCUUAUGCCUUGUUAUGUUGCAAUAAUAAAAGUCAUUUGAGCAA